AUCAAGAUCGAGAACCUACGCCAAUAAAAAAACGGCCAAGAUCUUCGUCUCAAAAGAUCGCCGUUCUAAGCGAACGCCGCCGCGGCCAAGAUCUUCGUCUCCCCUACCGACCAUGCCGUCCGUGAUCGGAAACGGGAUCGCGCGGGCUGAGCUUGAGAGUGGAAGUCGGCCGCCUUGGCCUGCUGGCCGAAGUAGUCAUCCGCCGUCACGUUCGCCUCGUCUUGCACGGGGUACCCGUCUGUUCUUCGGCAGUCGGAGCUGUCGUCCUCAUGUACAGGAUCGGGACCGAGCAGUCAAGCCAGAGCCGGCCCGAGGGAUCGCUCGCCGCCACCUCCUCAUCUACGGGAUCACGGCCGCCGCCCCGUCGACAUCUGCGGGAACCCUAAGACGUUCUACUCCGCGGCCUAGUCCGCUGCGACGCCGCCGCUCUCCUCGUAGGCGGGAUCGGAGUAGGCGGCCACCGCUGCAAUUCAUGGUAAAGAUGCACAAUAUAGGUCAGAACCUCCAAACACGCCUCAGCUGCAGCCACCAGCACACACGCUUCCUCGUCAACAAGGACAUCCCCAUCACUUUCUCAGCUUACAUCGAUGCCAGGUUCUAUGCCAGGGCCAUCGCCAGUGAACCCAGCACUACCGUCCAUGGCACACCCGAUGAAGCUUAUGACCCUCUUGAUCCAAAUGGGAACAUCACUAUCAAAUGGGAUAUCAUGGAGUGGACCUCAGAUGGCUAUACUCUGCUAUACUGAAACUUUGUCAUCACUUAAGAUCACAAUCCACGAGUGCUGCGAGCGAUGCUGAUUGAGUCCCUGAUGGAUGAGUUCCACGAGAACCACCCUUACGAAUCAAACAAGGAGCUUUUCUCCAUAUUCAUUCUAUGUUUUUGUCCUGUGUGUGUAAGAUCAUUGCCGAGUGGGAUCGCAGCAGUGAUCUCCUUUGUAUGUUUUAUCUUAUCUUCUGUUUGUUUGUAUAAACUUCUACUACUCGUUUGUGACAGUGCAAACUGGAGGCCUCUUUCUGUAUUACCAGGCAAGCUGUAAUCUCCUGUCAACUGAUAUUUUACCAUUGUAAUUAUGUUUGUUUGCUUUAGAAUACAUGCCAGGAGGUAAUCUA